AUGGCCUUCAACGGAUCGAUGAUGCGUCUGUUGGGCGGAGGACGUCUUGUGAAUUUGGGUGUAGCGGCCGAACAGUCCGUACGACGAUUGGCCACAGGUACACUGAAUGUGACCGUUCGAGAUGCGUUGAACGCAGCACUGGACGAGGAAAUCGCACGCGAUGAGCGCGUGUUCUUGAUCGGUGAAGAAGUGGCUCAGUAUGACGGUGCUUAUAAGAUUUCGAAAGGGUUGUGGAAGAAAUACGGCGACCAUCGCGUUUGGGACACACCGAUCACCGAGAUGGGUAUGGCUGGCUUAUCGGUGGGUGCUGCGAUGAAUGGCCUCAGACCGAUCUGCGAGUUCAUGUCAUUCAAUUUCUCGAUGCAAGGUAUCGAUCACAUCAUCAACAGUGCUGCCAAGGCACAUUACAUGACUGCUGGAAAAUAUCAUGUUCCAAUUGUGUUCCGAGGAGCGAACGGUGCAGCUGUUGGUGUCGCACAACAACACAGUCAAGAUUUUUGUGCCUGGUUCAUGAAUGUUCCUGGCCUGAAGGUUGUGGUACCAUACGACUGUGAAGAUGCAAGAGGUCUUCUGAAAUCAGCAGUUCGUGACGAUAACCCAGUUGUCUGCUUGGAGAAUGAGAUCCUCUACGGUAUGAAGUUCCCGGUUUCACCCGAGGCACAGUCGCCCGAUUUCUUGAUACCAUUCGGAAAGGCGAAAAUUCAACGACCGGGUAAAGACAUCACGAUUGUCUCAGUCGGCAUCGGUGUGGAUAUCUCGUUGAAGGGUGCUGAAGAAUUGUCCAAGGCUGGCAUCGACUGUGAGGUAAUAAAUCUACGUACUCUACGACCGCUUGACUUCGCAACAGUGAAAGAGUCUGUAAUGAAGACGAAUCAUCUGGUCACUGUCGAAUGUGGAUGGCCGAACUGCGGAGUUGGUGCUGAGAUCAGUGCGAGGGUAUCUGAAUCGGAUGCAUUCGGCUUCCUGGACGCUCCGAUCUUGCGGGUGACCGGUGUGGACGUACCAAUGCCAUAUGCUGCUCCUCUCGAAGCAGCCGCAUUGCCGAGACCACAAGAUGUUGUUACGAUGGUGAAAAGAUGUCUUAAUAAGCAAUAA